GAGGGACGUAAAAUGAGAGGGAGUUUGUGAGCUGAAAGAUACGAGUGAAAAAAGCGGCUAAACCUGUGCCAACCUAUGAGUUAAACGUAUCUUAUUAAACAGCUGUAACAGCUGGAGUAUGGUCUGACAGUUUUAUACUCAAUGUUAGCUGAUGGUGACAAGCGGCAGUAGAACUUAGUUCUUUGUUGUUGGCGCCGUCACCGUGGUGUACUCAACCGACUCGUAAUUUACUUUACUGUACUAAUAAUGCUGCUUUAAUAAUUUUAUAAUUGUUAAAGGUGAUUUUAAAAAUUAACUAAUAAUUCGGCAUAUUACGAAUUCGUUUUGCCUGCCUAACUAGUUACCCAAAAACUUGUUAUUAAUUUGGUGUCCCCGCAUCAUUCAUUGCUGGUGUGGUGGCUGCUCCUAAUUUAAAUUUUCAGUAAAUUUUAAUGGUUUUUUUUAUUAAUUAUUAAUCUUCAGAGAAAUACGUGGAGAACUAUUGAGUGACAUGCCUGAAAUCAAACUGAAGCACGUCGUGUCCUGCAGUAGUGAGGAUAGUACUCACAAAGCAGAGAACCUGCUGAGUUCUGACACCUACAGGAAAUGGAAAUCAGCAAGACCAGGGGAGAAGCAGACUUCAGUCAUACUGCAGUUUGAGAAGGAGGAACAGGUACAUAGCAUUGACAUUGGGAAUGACGGAUCAGCUUUCGUCGAGGUGCUGGUGGGACACUCCACCUCUGUCAAGGAUCAGGACUAUGAGGUUCUGUUGGUAACCUCUUCCUUCAUGUCUCCCUCUGAGAGCCGUAAUGGCACCAACACCAACCGGGUACGAUUUUUUGGACCUAAUCAGCUGGUGAAGGCAACAGCCCAGGAGAAGUGGGAUCGAGUCAAGAUUGUCUGCACCCAGCCAUACAGUAAGAGCAUAGCUUAUGGCAUUGCUUUUGUGAAAUUUCACUCUCCCCCUGAUGACAAUGAACCACCUAGUAAAACAUCGCCAAAGCUGACCAAACUGGGACAGUUUCGUGUGAAAGAGGAGACAGUUUCCACAGGCUCCACUUUGCAACCAGGCAGCCUCUUUUUCAACCGUGAGAGCGUCUCCAAAGCUAGUGCCAGCCCCAAGGUCUCACCCCCAAAUGAGAAGCUUAGCUAUGCUGCUGCAGCCCUUCAGUCCAGUUCUCCAUCCCAUUACACCCCUGCAUCCUCCAGCACACAGCCAGCAGCAAAGAGGAAGUUUGAGUUCAGUAAGGAACGUCAGUCAGCCCCUGUGCCAGCCACUGCCAAGAAACUGAAUUUGUUGGCCUCCCCAGAACCCAGCGGUGGAAGUUCCAAAGCUCGAUUGAAAGCCAGCGCUGCAGAAACCCCCAGCCCUAGCUCUGCAAAGGCCUCUGCUGUACAGAAGACUCAUGGGCCUAACAAAAGGGAGAGCAGGGUGAAGCCGGAGCCCAAGCCAAAGGCCAAGUCCACCGAGGCUGUGCCCAUGGACCAGAUCUUGGAGGGUGUAGUGUUUGUACUUAGUGGCUUCCAGAACCCCUUUCGGGGUGAGCUGCGUGACAAAGCAUUGGCCAUGGGUGCUAAAUAUCGGCCUGACUGGACUCCAGAUGCCACUCACCUAAUCUGUGCAUUUGCCAACACACCCAAAUACAGCCAGGUGAAGGCAUCAGGUGGCAUCAUUGUGAGGAAGGAGUGGGUGCUGGACUGCCAUAAACGGAAGCAGAAGAUCUCCUACAAGCGAUAUCUCAUGGAUGGAGCAGAGUCCAGCUCUGAGGAGAGCGAAGCAGAGGAUAAUGAGAGUGAAGAGGAGCAAGGGAAGAAAGAGAAACGAACCACUCCAACAGUAAAGCAGGAAGAUCAAGAAGAGGACGAGUAUGGGGGCUCCACCGAUGUCGAUGAUCCAGGCAGUGAAGACUCAGGGAUGGACACUGAGGAUGAGCUGAAGAGGGCUGAAAGCCAGUGCCGCCAGAGUAGAACAGCACAGGACGUGAGUGACAAAGGUGAGGAUGCAUACGGGGGUUCCACUGAUGAGAACACAGAUGCUGAAGCAGAGGAGGACAAGCCCAUCCCAGAGCUGCCAGACUUCCUGACUGGGAAACACUUCUUUUUCUAUGGCAAAUUCCCCCUGAAUGAGAGGCGCCUUUUGCUGAGAUACAUCAUCGCUUUCAAUGGCACGGUGGAAGAGUACAUGAAUGAGAAAGUGCAGUUUGUCAUCACUGCCGAGGGUUGGCAUAACUCCUUCGAGGACGCUCUCAUGGAGAACAGCAGUUUGAGCUUUGUUAAACCCUCUUGGAUUUUCGCCAUUAACGAUCGACAGAAGAUGCUGCCGUAUCAGCCCUACACUGUUGUGCCAUAAGAAAAGAUGCUUGUAUGUGACCAAGUGCUGACCAAGGAUUAAUAAACCAGCCCUUACUCAAGGGUAUGGUUCUGUUGACAGAAUGUGUGCAUGGGCCUCGGUUCAGGAUUGUGGGCAUCUUUUUACUUAGUUCAGACUCAGCAGGAGUGAGGAUUUCAGCACACAACCUCUCCUUAACUGCUCCUGUCACACACUGAUGCUGUCUUGUACCUCUGGUGUUAGCUUUUAAUAGAGGGUUACAAGCAGAGGGUAGAGCAAUGGCACGUACUGUACAGCAGUGAGUUCACCUGAGUUUAAUAGAACUUGUGCAGCCUCCCUUUUUAAAUGGCAAGAGUCAUGUCUUUAUUACACACUCUGAGUAUUUGUUACUACUGUUCUCACAGUAGAUGACAGAUGGUCUUUGGUCACAAGUCUAGUGUUUUUACAAAGCCCAGUGAGCACACAGGAUCAGUUUACAGUAUAGCACAAUCCCUAACUUGGGAUUGAAUCUGAAUUCAUCACUAAUGAAAUGUUUUUCUUUUCUCAAGUUGUUAAUUAGGGUUAAGUACUCCUUAUAGUGUUAGACCAUGUUGAAAUUUUUUUUUUUUUUUUAAACAAGGGAAGAUAUGU